GCUCCGCACCAGUUGUUCUCCUUGUGUCUUCCUCUCAUCACUAACUCAAGCCGGGACACGGAGAGGCAGCCCUUACACACACCCACACCCAAACACAACCACAGGCGUGCACACAGGCGUACAUUUGCCCACUCGUCCCCCAACACACUCGCCCAGCUCACGCGGGACCAAACAGACCCAAGCAGGGGAAGCAGGACUCCCCAUCCCGUCCCCGGCUAGCGCCUCACACCUCAGAGACCCCCCCCCCCCCCCCUACCGGGCGAACCCUCCAGCAUGGAGCUUUUCGAGACCAACCCGUACUUCUUCCCCGACCAGCGCUUCUACGACGGAGGGGACUCCUACUACCCCUCGCGCCUGCAGGGGGGGUACGACCAGGCGGGCUACCAGGACCGGAGCUCCAUGAUGGGGCUGUGCGGGGCGGGUCUGGCCGGCGGCGUGGGCGUAGGCGGUGGCGGCGUGGGCCUGGGGGGCGGCAUCCCGGCGGGCAUGGAGGACAAGCCCUCUCCCUCCAGCCUGUCGCCCGACUCGGAGCCCCAAUGUCCGGGCCAGUGCCUGCCCUGGGCCUGCAAGCUGUGCAAGCGCAAGACGGUCACCAUGGACCGGCGGAAAGCGGCCACGCUCAGGGAGAAGCGGCGGCUGAAGAAGGUGAACGAGGCGUUCGAGGCGCUGAAGAGGAGCACCCUGAUGAACCCCAACCAGCGGCUGCCCAAGGUGGAGAUCCUGCGCAGCGCCAUCCAGUACAUCGAGAGGCUGCAGGCGCUGGUCUCCUCGCUCAACCAGCAGGACGGCGAGGCGGCGGGCCUGCAGGGAGGCCAGUUCCGGCCCAACGGCAGCGGGCCCAGGGUGUCGUCGUCAAGCGAGCCCAGCUCAGGCAGCACCUGCUGUAGCAGCCCGGAGUGGAGCAGCACGCCGGAGCAGUGUGUACAAAGUUACAGCAAUGAGGAACUCCUCGGGGCGGCUGAGUCCCCAGAUCAGGGGAACAUGCGCUCUCUCACCUCCAUCAUGGACAGCAUCUCAGCAGUAGAGGGGACCGGGACCUACCCAGUGGUGCCUCUUGACAUUCCCAAGUAACCCCCCCCCCCCCCCCCCCGCGGUACUCCCACAGACAAAAAUCUGACAGAACUGGAGAUUUUCAAUUUCGAGAAGAAAGGAAGAUAAAAAGGAUGGUCGACCACCGACGACAAUAAACCCAUCAGCAGAUUUCCAACUCCAGCUUUCUCUCUCCUCUUCCGCUCUUCUUCUUUCCAAGGGGUUUCGUCUUUCGUGUCAUGCCGCUUGCUGUUCAUUUUGUUUUUAUUUUAUUCAUAAUUUCCAAUAUGUCAGAUAGACAGAAGCGAAUUCCUCUUAAAUUGUUCCUAACCAGCGGUCCAUGUGUUCCUGAGACCCCCACGCCCCCCUGCAUGACGACACACCGUUAGUGACCACAGUGGGUCUGUGUGAUGUAGCAAUCUUAGAAGUCUUUCUUUUAUUUUCUGUUUUCUAACCUUAUUUAAAGAAAUGUUUCUUUUCCGACAGCUUCCCUGAUAUGUUGUGUUCUCUUUUGUGUGUGUGUGCUUUAGGCUUAAAAACGUUGAGUUAAUUUGUGGGGCCAAUAUGUACCAUGGCGGUUUUGACCAAGAUUUGCUUAAUUUAAACUGGUUAUGAUGUAAAUACGUUCCCUUUUUUACAGAGUGGUUUUGCUAUUUUAUUUUCUAUUUUUUGCUAACUUAUUUUUCUCAUCUUUUAUAAACUAAGAUUGUUGUGUAUUUGUAGAUGUUUCCAAAGUGAUAUUUUCCGUUCAAUUAUUGCAAUUAAACU